AUGGAAAAGCGUAUCACUUCCUACUUCUCCAACACUACAAAGGUGAAGCCAGCUUGCAUCAUCCGCCCAGAGUCUGCCGGGCAGGUCUCCGAGGUAGUCAAGACUUUGGUCUCCGCCCAGCAGAAAUUUGCUGUGCGAAGUGGUGGCCAUGCGCCUCUACGCGAGUCGAACAAUAUCAACGGCGGCGUCACUUUGGACUUCGGCAGCUUGAAUGGAAUUCGCUACGAUGCGAACACCGACCUCGCCACUUUUGGUCCUGGUGUUUGCUGGAAGGAUGUAUACCAAGCACUUCAGCAACACGGACGCAUCGGUGCAGGCGGUCGUGAGGAUGAUACUGGGGUUGCAGGGUUCCUGCUGGGCGGAGGCAAUACCUGGUACACUGCACACAAGGGCUUUGGCUGCGACAAUGUCGUCUCCUACAAGAUACAGAAUGGAUCUCACAAGGAUCUCUUCCGUGUCCUCAAGGGCGGGUCCAACAAUUUCGGCAUCGUCGUUGGCUUCACCAUGAUGACCUUUCCGUCCAAUGACAUCUGGGGAGGUACCACCCUGUCGUCGAAAGAAUAUAUUCCGGAAGCGAUUAGGGCUAUUUCUGAGUUAACCACGAAUUUCCCAGAGAAUCCGCAUAGCAGCCUGAUCGGUGCCGUCAACUACAUUCCCCAAUUCAAAGACAUUGGUGUCGGAGCAGCCAUAGUGGAAACACGCGGAGUGGAAGAUGCUCUUGCGUUCGCGAGGUGGGAGAAACUACCGAAAAUGGUAAGCAUUCUUCAAAAGAAGUUGAUCUUGGCCAUGGGACUUGAGACUGCCCUGCCCUAUAACAUGUUCGAUACGUGGUUCACCUCGACCGUCAAGAAUGAUGUCCGCAUCAUGGAAAAAGCUGUCGAAGUUCACGAAGGACUCGUCAACGACCUAAAGUCUUUCAUUUCAGACGGAGAAUUCCUAACACAAUGCCUGUUUCAACCCCUGCCCAUGAAUUUUGCCCAACGCCCUGUGGCAGUGGGUGGUAACGUCUUGGGAAUCGAACGGAACAAGUCCGAUGGUUUGCUCUUUCAGCUGGACACCAUGGUCAACACAUCCGAGCAGAACAACUUUGCCUACCAAAAGGUAAACUCUGGCGUGCAAGCCAUCAAGGAGUUUGCUGCAACUAUCGAAGGGGGUCUCCUCGACUGGGUCUACCUCAACUACGCAGAUCAAAGCUACGAUCCUCUGGGAAGCUAUGGUAUUGAGAAUGUCAAUUUUAUGAAAGGAGUCGCAGCGACGUAUGAUCCCAAGCGAGUUUUUCAACAACUUUUUCCGGGAGGUUUCAAACUUCAUGCUUAG